CCGAGGGGUUCCAAACAUCAAUACGGCGGGCCCGCAGCUAGCUUGAGCUGCUUUACAGAGCUUCUUCAAGAUGCCGUUUCCUAGUUUUGCCGACUGUCUUGUUGCCGCCCUCGGUGGCAACUCCAGCCUCGUUGCAUUUCCUGCGCAAGCCAAUUAUUCCGCCAUUGUCGCCCCCUACAACCUUGACUACGACGUGGUCCCUGCAGCCGUGGCCUUUCCCCACGCGGUCACUCAGGUUUCUGAGCUUGUGAGCUGCGCUGUUGAAUCGGGUUAUAAGGUGCAAGCCAAGAGUGGUGGCCACAGCGCUGGCAACUAUGGCUCCACGACCGGAGAGCUGUCAAUCAAUCUUCAAAACCUGCGACACUUCUCCAUGGACCCAUCAACCUUCGUGGCUAACGUAGGACCCGGUUUGCUGUUAGGGGAGAUCGACGAGCUCAUGUACAAUGCCGGGCAGCGGUUCAUCCCGCACGGCGCGAGCUCCCUAGUCGGCAUGGGAGGGCACGGAACCGUGGGAGGUGCAGGGUACACGUGGCGCCCGUACGGCUUGACCAUCGACCACCUGGUUGAAGUGGAAGUUGUCCUGGCCGAUUCGGCUGUCGUCAGGGCGUCUGCCUCGGAGAAUCCCGACCUCUUCUUCGCCGUCCGGGGCGCAGGAGCUAGCUUCGGCAUCGUUACGGACUUCGUCUUCCAAACCCUCCCUUCGCCACCAGAAACAAUAAGCUUUUCAUACCUUUGGACUGCCACCGACGCUCCCUCAAGGGCAGAGAUCUUCAAAGCCUGGCAAGCCUGGUCAACGGACCCGAGCCUCUCGCCCGAUAUUCAAACCAUCCUUGCCAUCACGCAGGACAGCAUAUUCAUGGGCGGAGCAUUUUUCGGCACGCUCGACGAGUUCAACGCGCUCGGAAUCUCAGACAUACUCCCCCAAGCACAGCAAGUCAGCGCGGACAGCUUCACGAGCUUCCUCGAGCUAUCCCAAGUCUGGGGCGGGCAACUCGGGCAGUCAGGCAGAGAGGCGCCGUCGUUCUUCUACACCAAGUCCAACUUCUUCCGGCCGCCGACAGCCAUCCCGGACAGCGUCGUGGACCGGCUGUUUGAGUAUCUCGCUACCGCCGACAGCGGCGCCACGAGCUGGGACAUCGAGGUGCAGGCCGGCGGUGGGCAGAACGGCGCCGUCCCCGCGUCGGCGACCGCGUUCCCCCACCGGGACGCCACCUUCGUGCUGCUCUCGUACGCGGCCACGAACGGGAGCGUGACGGCGACGACGACUGACUUUCUUGAUACUGUCCAUGCACUGGCCAAGAGUGGUCAUCCGGAUGAGUAUUACGGCGAGUAUGCGGGGUUUAUUGAUGCUAGGGCGGAGCCGGAACAGGCGCGAUACAACUAUUGGGGCUCGAACCUGGAGAAAUUGGGGCGGAUCAAGGCGGUUUAUGAUCCCCGCGAUGUGUUCCAUAAUGAGCAGAGCGUGUUGCCGUCGUGGGACUAA